ACCUCUCCGAGUCAGUACGGUUAGCUAUAUUUCCUUCUCAUUACUCCGUCCCUUCAAUACCUUUUUCGUUGGGGAGAUGGAAUGGACUACUUCAUUUCUGAACCUACAGGAUAUCUCCCAUCAUCGGAAAAGACACGCGCUGAUAAUCCUCAAUCAGCCUUUCUCGCCAGAUCUGCUUGAAACAUUAUGGAAUGCUUGUGACUGGCACUGCUGUGCUGACGGCGGUGCAAACCGCCUGUUUGAUUGCUUGCAAUCACCUUCAUUAGUAGACGACGUGGAGGACAAACGUUUUUAUCUCCCAGACCUAAUAAAGGGAGACCUGGAUUCUAUACGUUAUGAUGUUAAAGAACAUUACACCUCAAAAGGUGUAUGUAUAAUCGAAGACACAGAUCAGUACUCGACUGACUUGAUGAAAUGCGUGAGCGCUUUGGAAGAGAAGGAAAGAAAAGAAGGUUUAGACCAAUACGUCAUCAUUUUGCUUGGUGGACUAUCUGGACGGCUGGAUCAGACGGUUCAUACACUUUCUUACCUGCACAAACUUCGUAAAGCUCGAAACUGUGUGUACGCUGUCACAGAUGACAAUGUUGGUUGGGUCCUUGACGAGGGCGAACAUUUAAUCAAAAUUGACCAUGCUGUAUUAGGCCCGACGUGCGGACUUUUACCUGUGGGUGUCGGGUCUACUAUUUUAUCAACCACCGGUCUACGCUGGAACCUAACUGAUACCGAAUCUUCUUUCGAUGGUUUGGUAUCUACGUCCAAUCAUCUUGUACCUGAAGAGAACACUGUGUGGAUAAAAACAUCGAAACCUAUCUGGUGGUGUGCAGAGCUGAGGAAGACAACGUGAAGCGCGCUGUGAUUUUGCCUUUUGUUCUUAUUUAAUUAGUGGAGCAUGUCAUCAGUAUUAUAGUAAUAUCAUCCCGAACUCCAAUGGU